GUUGGUUUAGAUGAUUGGGAACCACCAGCUACGCUAGACAAUGAUGAGGUGGUGAUGUACUGCUAAUUAAAGUGUAAUUCUCGUGUAUCCAGACAGAUUUAUAACUAGUGUACGACAUCUUUUGUUUCUUGGAAAAAUGACAACUACCACGACAUUUCAAGGGAUGGAGCCCGGUGCUAAAAACAGUUCCAGGGUUUUGCGCCCUCCUGGUGGUGGCUCCAACAUUUCACUGGGUGCAGAUGAGGAGAAGCCUCCUGUCCGAAAAAACAAGAUGGCCUCCAGUGUUUUCGCUGAGCCAGAAGACCCCUACGCUAACCGAAGGAACAACCCACCAGGUGGGAAGCCCACAGGCGUGCUGUGUGGUGAGCCGUCAGCCCCCCUGAGGAGAGGAGGAAACCACACCACCAAUCACUCUGGAGAUGCCCCUGCCACAGAUGGAGAAAACUCUGUACGCGAUCAUGAAGUCAGUGCUGCUGAGCCUGAAGCCGCUCCAGAGCCGCAGCAGGAGGAGGCCCCUCAGGCUGAGGAAGCUGCUGGAGGUCUACCGUCUGGCCGCCGAAAUCCCCCAGGGGGCAAAUCCAGCCUCAUCCUGGGUUGAGUGCCACUCAACUACCCCUCCUUACCUCCACUCGUCUCUGAACUCAUCUGUUCCUUUCCUUUUUUUUUUCUUUUCUUCAAAACAAGAGCCCCCCCAGCCCAUUUGUCUGUACCGCAGGAAUCCUCUGAUGUCUAGCAGACACCAGUUCUCUCCUCCACAUCCCCAAGUGCAUUGUUUUGAUACCUCUUUUUUGAAAACUGUUUUGUACUGUUUUUAUUGUUUCAUUUUGACAGAAGCACUUUAUGUAUUUCUAUGUAUAUGGUUCAAAGUCUGCCUUUACCCCUGAAAUGCAUUAGACCUGCCAGGAGGGACACAAGGCUCACAUUUCUCAUAUCAACCAAUGGUAAAUGUCCCCUAACUUUAUUGCCACAGCAGAAGCUGUAGGUGAUUAUACAAGCAGUUUGUAGAACACAAGCAAAGAAAACAAAGCUUUGGUGCUGUGUUCAUUUUUGACCCAUCUUGCAUGCAUGUCCGGUCUGAAUGUGCGAAGAAACAUAACUGUGAAGAUUUUUUUUAAUAUAUAUAAUUUAACAUGUUUGUUAGUUGUUAUUUUGUGGACUAACUGUUGUACUGUUGUUGCAUGAAGUUGGAAUCUUUCUACUGAUAGUAUUAUUACCCACAAAAAUUGCUGUAAUUGUGAUCUGAAAGAUGCAGACUUUUGUCUCCUGAUGAUUACUGUAGGUCCCAUGCCCGGUAACAGAGUUGGAAUAAGCCUUUUUUAUAUUGUAGUCACUAACCUUAGAUUACUGUAACCCCAGUGCCGGUUUUAAGUGCCCCGUGUUUUUAUAGGUAAAAUUUAACUAUAUAAUUUAACUCUGAAGUGCGCCUGUUUGAGUGUUAGGCUACAGCAUCAAACAAGGUUGGGUUUCCUGAUUUCAUCCUACGAGUAAAAAGACCGAUGUGUUUUAGUUUUGGUUUUUUUGUUUUGUUUAUUUCAAUUGCAAAUCAAUGGAAUGUUGUUGGUCCUGACUCUUUAGUGUUUCUGGUAAACCCAUCCUAGAUUUGACAAGUGACCUUAUGACAGCCCAGCCUUCUUUUUAUCCCUUUUUAACCCCGUAUACAUUUAAUAGUUCUCCUCACUGGAAAUCUCGAACAAUCUUUUUGUAUGUUUCCUGUGACAUUAUUUAAACCAAAACUCCCUCCUGCUUCUGCUCUGUUACGUCACGUGCACGACUGCUGCGUCCACCAGUUGUCAUGCAAGAAAAUCUACAUGUCUUUCCUGUGGUGUCUUUUUCUUCUCUCUCUUUUUUUAAACGUAUGUAACGAUGCAAAACAUGUCAGUUUGCAUCCUCUACCAGUUCCUGUUGCUGGAUAUAAGUCACUGCAGAAAUUUGAAAAUCAAGAAAUGGCACAAGAGGAAAUUAACAUUAAAAGUCAAUUUUGACCAUU